UGUUGAAGAAGACAAAAUCUCCUCUCGUGUACCGAUACAAAAUCAGAAUCAAUUAAGCUGUCUCUCCCCUUCAGCCGCUGUUGAAUGGAACAAAGCCAAAAAGAAAAAACUUGAAAUGAGCAACCUUGAAUCCUACCCUCCACUCUUUCGCCAUCUCAGCGGUUCAUCUGCUGAUCUCACCAACUCCAUGGAAGAUUCAUAUUCAUCAUCAUCGUCGUCCUCGUCAGUCCCUAUUCCCGUGGUGGAUCUUCAGUGCCUUAGCCACAAAAAGCUGGGAGAAGCUUGCAAAGAAUGGGGUGUUUUUCGUUUGGUAAACCAUGGGAUUCCUCCCACCCUUUCGAGCAAGCUGGAGGAGCAUGUGAGGAUGUUGUUUUCUCUAUCCUUCGAAUCCAAGCAAGCCCUACUCACUAAACCUCUCUCUUACUUUUGGGGCACCCCUGUCCUAACCCCAUCCGGGGCUGCCCUAAGGGGCGCCUUGAAUAUGAAUUGGUUGGAAGGCAUAAAUGUUCCGCUCACUCAACUCCCACUGUUUCAGACUGAGGAUCCCAGGCUUCAAGAUUUCAGGCAUUAUCUGGAAGAAUAUGGAAGGCACCUUUGGAGAAUUGCUACAACCUUGUUUGAAGCAAUGGUGAAGAAUCUGAAUCUGUGUCCUGAACAGACUGAGUGUAGCUUAGAUGAAUCGACUGGAUUCGUACGUCUUUACCGAUACCCAUUUAGGUCCUCGGUCGACAAGUCUUGGGGCAUGAUGGAACAUACUGAUAGCUCACUGCUCUCCAUUGUGAACCAGGACCAAGUAGGGGGACUCGAGAUUUUCAAGGACAAUAAAUGGCUCGUGGUUAACCCAAUUUCAGACACUCUUCUAGUCCACAUCGGUGACAUGAUGCAGGCUAUAAGCGACGACCAAUACAUGAGUGUGAAACAUAGAGUGAGAGUGAACAAGCAGGAGGAACGACUCUCCGUAUGCUACUUUGUGUUCCCAGAAAAAGGCAGCGUCGUCCACAGCUCUAAAUACAAACCUUUUACGUACACCGAGUUCCAGCAACAAGUGCAAAACGACACCAACACUUUAGGUUAUAAAGUUGGUCUUCAAAGAUUCAAGCUUAAUGCACCUGUUUAAUCACUUUGUUAUCAACUAAUUAU